AAAAAAUGAUGAAGAAAAAGUUAAAAAUAACAAACAUUGCCUUUAGACACAAUCCAAAACAAAAAUAUAAGACAUAUUCAAAGACACUAUGAUGAUAUGAAACCGGACACUUUUUUUUUUUAAUUCUUAAUCAUUGACUCUAUUAUUAUGAAUCAACCAUUUUUUUUUCUUUUUAGAGAGGGGUUUCUGCCAAUCUUUCCAUAAAGAGAUUCUGUACACUGCGUCAUAUGAAUCAAUGUCAUUAUAAGAAUAAGCUUGAUCAUAUCCAUUUUUUUUACUCUACUAUCAUUACUAUUUAUCCAUUACCAUCCUGUUCUAUUCAUCUUACAACUACUUGCCAUCAUCUACUUGUCAUCAUCAUUAUUCUCAUCAUCUACUCAAUGUUUUCACUCCUUAUCCAUUCAUGAUCCGCUCCUCAUCAGUCAAUCAGAA